AUGACAGUCAUAAUUCUAAUCCAACCGGGCCCAAGCUCUCCCCCGGCCAAUCUCCGGUUUGCAACUUUACCGUCGGGUGUUGACGGGAAACUGGUGUGGAAGCGGGGCCGGUGCGAAGAGUCCCCGCGCCCCUCCCCGGCAGGUCGGGCCCGGUCUAGCCCCACUUCCUCCGGCGGCCGCGCGGCCUCCCGGCAGCGCCCAAACCCGGCCCGCGGGGACCUCCCGGAAGGCAAAGGCGCCGCCACUACCGCCGCCGCCGGCGCCCUCGCUUCCGCGGCCGGACUCACCGGCAGCUACAGCCGCCGUUCCCUCCGCCUCCAGCCGCAUGGCCCUCGGGUAUCGAGUCCCCCACUAGCUCCUUCCGCCCAGCCGCGGGCUCCGGCGCUAGAACAGUUUGAAAAUGGCGCGGAGGGACGAUCGCGGCCGACACGGAGGAGGCGCCGCGGUUGCCUCGGUAACGGGAGCGGCGGACGAUGCGCGGCGCGCGGCGGGGACGCGCGCGGCGACCGUGGCGGCGCCCUGGUGCCCGGAAAUGCAACGCCCGGACACAGCGAGGCCACGGCGCCCCCUGGAGGUCGGUGCUCGCGGCCGGCAAACGCCACACCUCAGCUGAAGCCUGAGCCAUUCUCUUCUGUCAGCCAGAUGUGUGGAUCUCCUACUGUGUGCGGGGCGAAAACGCCGCCCCAUUACUGGUUCCUGCGGCGGAGUAGCCUUCACCUGCAAGGUGAACACCUGCUCACCACGUAAUCCCCAAACGCAGAUAUCAAAUUGUCCCUGCAACUUUGCCUGACAACCACCCAAUGCAAUUAAUUGUCCCACAAUCGUAUCUCCCUGAGGCUCUGUGUAGAACCAUAGAAUGCAUACAUCAAAACACAGUCAUUUGUUGAUCUGUCUCUCCCUGCCGCCCUCAACUGUGAAUUCCUUGAGUCAGAGACUAUUUUACUCAGCAAAACAUUUGUCAGUGGAAAUAAAUUGUUUAUAGGGCACGCACAGAUGGAAAACAUCUAGUAAAACCCUAAAAUUCCCUUUCACUUCUGAAAAUUUCCCAGAUGAUCAGGAGUUCCAUUCUUUCCUGUUUACUUUUCUUCCAAGUAGGCCUUCUGAGACAGGAGAAUAGGGAAGGAAGUCAGAAGACUGGCCAGCGGCCCCUUCUCAGGAAAACAAGUCUCCACCUGACAGGGAAGCUGAAGCAAUUAACCAACCCUUUCUGCAGUAAACGAAUCUGGUAUAAGCUGGAAUGGGACAAUCCCUGAAAGAGGAGUAUGCACAUUCGGGGCAAAAUGUGUCCUUAGGAUAACCUUUUAUUAUAAUAAGCUCCUUAAAGCUCAUACAUACGAAAUGCAUAUCAUACAUACACUUAAAAUUAUGGCAAACAUGCGCAGGCGCACUAAGAGAGAAAAACAGGAAAACGGGUAUGACAAUUACAGGAAAUCCCCUCCCUAAGAGUUACGGAAGAGUAGGACGUGAGUAUAAAAGAACAAACGCUAUAUUAAUCCAGGGCCGGUACCACCAGAAGAUCAGCUCGUUCCUCUCUCUGGAACAUCCUUUGCCUAAUAAAUCUUGCAGGGUGGUUAUUAGUGUGUUUCAUCCAAUUCUUUGUUCAUAACACCAAGAACCUGAAACUCCAACUUCCAAUCCAGUAACAUUUUGGUGAGCCCGUCAAGAGGGUCAAGCCUGCAAUACAUAAAGCUCCAGACCUGGAACCUAAAGCUCCCAUCAAUCACUACACCUUUGAACCUGUGGAAGAUCCGAUGUACCUGUUUAAAAGACAUUCAAAAGAUAAGUAAAUACUUACCAACUUUCCCUGGUGUCUUUGUUGCAUAGUUACUGUGGGUUAAAUAAUCCUAGUUAUUUAUAUAUAAUAUUUAUCAUUUAACUACUUGCUUCCCCCUCAAUGGAUAUACUUUUUAUGUCCAUAAUCCUAUUUUCACCAAUAUUGGGGGUCCAGCCCCAAUACCAAGUGUUUAAACAGAUUCAACAGUUAGCCACGCUAACUAACUUGACUUCCUGUUACAUUUGUACCUCAGGGUCACUAUCAGUUGAAGUUUUACCACUACCAUUAGAAGAUAUAGUCAAGGUGAAUGCCAGAGUCACUGUUGCCACCCAGUCAAAAGCUACAUAUCCCAAUCCAGCUGCGGAAAGCUUAUUCCAAACAGUCUUAGCUCAGACCAUAAACCAAGAAACAUCCCAAAUUUAAAUUUUACAAAUGCCUCAAAUCCUGUAAGGGUUUUUCACAACCUAACCUCAGAGAGCCAAUUCCCAAUUUGUUUUACUUCCCACCAAGUGAGUGGGACCUUUGUGGGAUCCCUAAACAAUUGUUCAUAUGAGGUCGUCCUCAGCUGGACAAAUCAAGAGAAACAUUAUAAUUCCUCAGAAACAAAAAUCAAUUCAUAUCGCAAACCAGGAAAACACCACCAAUUCCUUCUCCUUAAGUAUCCUGAUCCAAGAAAACCUCAAUAUACAAGUAAUACCAAUACUUCCAAUAUUUCCACUGGUUGGAAUACAGUUUUAAUCAAUAAUUCAUCUUUGCCUCUAGCUCAAGCUUUGGCUUGGGGGAUCCAAAGAUCAUUCUUAAGAUUCCACCCCAGCUUGUCUUUCCAGUCCAAGCUUACUGUGCAAGUUGGUGUGGCUGGAACACUUUUAUGGGAACUCACUGGAACUUCCUCCAGUGGUUUAGGCCCACCUUUGGAACUAGCAUCAUGGGGAUAUAAGGUAUCUUUGGACCCUGGGCAAGGAUUGUAUUUCAUAUGCGGAAAUUCAGGGUACUUGAGUCUUCCAAGCCAAUGGAAAGGGACUUGUGGCAUUGCCGCUUUACUUCCAAGACUGUCUUAUGCAAAUGCUAGUACAAAAUUCCCAUUCCAUAUAAGACACAGCCAUGCAUCUGUAAAAAGGGCAGCUCCAGCGGUAUUACAUCCUUUGGCAACUGCAGUAACAGGACUUUUAGGAACCACACUCGGGUCCAUUUCUCUUCACUUGUCUUCACAACAAACACAGGCUUUGGCAGAAAUUACAACAGCUGUCCAAGAACAGCAACAACAUAUAGAUUCCCUGGUGGGCAUUGUCUUACAAAACAGGAGGAGGCUAGAUCUCCUCACAGCUAAUCAAACGGGAUUAUGCGUUUUUCGAAAAGAAGACUGUUGUUUCUAUGUUAACUCCUCAGGCAAGAUACUGGGACAUCUGACUAAGGCAACUAAUGUCAUUACUAAUUUAAGAACUGCAGAAAACACCCUAAAUUCUGUUUAAACAAUUGCAAACAGUUGGAUAGCCCAUUUUACAGGACCCUUAACUGUAAUUCUUCUGUUGUUAAUUUUUGGCCCUUACACUGUAAAUUUGUUAACCAGAUUUAUUUCUUCCUGUUUAGAAUCUAUCAAGCUACAAAUGGCUCUAUUGCCUGAAGCCCCAGACAUCAUCAUACAAGAAAUAAGUCUAGACUUCCUAAUUUCCUGCUGGAUAGAGCAGGGUGAGAGUUCUGUGGUCCCCUGUUAGGUAGGGCCAACAGUCCCACUCAGCCGGAAGCAGCUAUAGAAGAAAGAACUUCGACCCUCAGCAACCUGUAGAGAUUUAUGGAGACCACAUCUCUCAGAGGGAAUUGAGGCAGGAGAAUAGGGAAGGAAGUCAGAAGAUUAACCAGGAGCCCGUUCUCAGCAAAACAAGCAUAAGGCACCACCUGCUAAGGAAAUUGAAGCGAUGAACCAAUGCUUUCUGCAGUAAACAUAUCUGGUAUAACCUGGAAUGGGACAGUCACUGAAAGAGGAGCACGUGCAUUAGGGGUAAAAUGUGUCGUCAGGAUAACAUUUUAUUAUAAUAAGCUACUUAAAGCCCAUACGUAUAGAAUGCAUAUCAUACAUACACUUAAAAUUAUGGAAUGGCAGGCAUGCGCAGGUGCACUAAGAGAGAAAAACAACAAGAACACUGAUAUUUCAAUUAUAGGCAACCCCCUCCCUACAAGUUAAGCAAGAGUAGCAAGGCGGUAUAAACGAACAAAGGCUAUGUUAACCCAAGGCUGAUACCACUCGUGGACCAGCCCAUUCCUCUCUCUGGAACAUUCUUUACUUAAUAAAUCUUGCGGGGUCAUUA